CGCGUUGGAGAAGAAGAGUCGCCAUUUUGAGUGAUUGAGUUUCAUUUCACCUCGCAACUGUAAGGACGGAUAGACCUUCAGGAACGUUUCAGCAUGUUACUCUUUGAAACUGUUAAUGGGAAUUUAACUGCUAUGAACUGAAACUCUUCCUAAAAUCAAUCAAAGUCAAGUAACGCAUAAGCCAGUUGAAUCCUGAGUCGAUUUUUUGCACUGAACUCUAGUCCGUUAGAGGAAAUGGCUGUGGAAAGCAUGACUGUCCAUCCAAACUCCCCAACAGCCAACCACGAACACAACAGCCUUCUCACUGACGAAAGACGAGAGGAUGAAGAACUGGAAGAGGGGGAGCUGGAGGAUGACGGAGGUGACGUGGAAAUGCCCAGCACUGAGGGACAAGAGCCUGAGGAAAAGCCCGUCCGUGUAAAGGAGCGGCACGGCAGCGAGUCCGAUGAAGAGAAGGCUCAUCGUCGCAAGAAGAAAAGGAAGAAAGAAAGAGAUAGAGACCGAGAGAGGGAGAAGGAAAAGCGGAGAUCCAGAAAGAGGCGCAGAUCCAAGCACAAGCGUCAUGCGUCGUCCAGCGAUGACCACUCGGACUUCAGCGAUGAAUCUGACUACAGUCCCAGUGAGAAAAGGAAGUAUCGGGAAUACGGCUCUCAGUACCCACCCUCAUCUCAUGGAGGCUACGGUCCUGCACCUCCCUCAGGACAUGGAGGACCUAUGUCAAAGAAAGGCAGCUACAUGAAAAUGGACAAACAGGGGUAUGGUGGCUACGAUGAGUAUGAUGAGGAGAACUAUGAGGGUGAGGAGGAUGAGGAGAUGGGUGAUGAUGAUUAUGAUGACUUCACCAAGGAGCUUAACCAGUACCGCAAGGCCAAAGAAGGUGGACCAUGCAGCCAACGUGGCAGAGGUCUUAAGGGUCGAAUAAAAAACCUGAGAGGUCGAGGCAGAGGAGGAAUGAGGGGCCGUGGAGGCAGAGGCGGAAUGAGAGGUAGAGGACGAGGUAAAAUGGGAGGUGAGAAUGAAGACGGGGACGGCAUGUAUGGAGAUGAGAUGGAGUAUGGUGAAGAUGACUACGAUAUGGGUGAUGACGAUUACGAUGAUUAUUCAAAAGAACUGAACCAGUACAGGAAAUCCAAAGACAGAGGGCGUGGUGGCAAAAUGGGCCGAGGUCGAGGAAGAGGGAAGGGGGGCAGAGGCAUGAACCGCGGCAGGGGCAGGAAUCGAGGGAGGGGUCGUGGAGGAGACAUGUGUCACGAUGAUGACAACAGUGGAGAUAUGGACAUGGGGGACGGAUCUGGUGGCCAGAGAAAACAUGACCAAGAAAAGCAUGGGCAGGACAAAAAAGGCAAGGCCAUUUGCAAGUACUACAUUGAAGGCCGUUGUACCUGGGGUGAACACUGUAACUUCAGUCAUGACAUUGAGUUGCCCAAGAAGAAAGAACUCUGCAAGUUUUAUAUUACUGGCUUCUGUGCCCGGGCUGAAAAUUGCCCAUACAUGCAUGGUGACUUCCCCUGCAAGCUGUUCCACACCACAGGCAAUUGCGUAAACGGAGAUGACUGUAUGUUCUCUCAUGAUUCUUUAUCAGAAGACACACAAGAACUGCUAGAUAAGAUGUUGGCCGAGGAUGCUGAAGCUGGUGCUGAAGAUGAGAAGGAGGUGGAGGAGCUGAAGAAGCAAGGUAUCAAUCCCCUCCCCAAACCCCCACCUGGUGUUGGACUUCUCCCCACACCCCCAAGACCUGGCCCAACAGAUUCCUCAAGUCCAGCCGAAUUUGGGGCGCCAGGGCCUCAACAUGGAAGCAUACCUUCCAAUGGUGCCUCAUGCCCAGGCACUGAAUCAGCCCCAGGGCAUAAGGGACCACCUCCUCCCCCCUGCCCAGAAGGAGGAUCUUUCCAGGGAUCACCAACUCAUGGUUCGUCUCUGCCACCCGUCGGUGCACCGCCUCCCUGUGGAGGUAACACGGGAAAGAAGAUCCCAUCCUUGUUCGAGAUUGUCGUAAAACCCACUGGACAGCUAGCACAAAAACUAGGCGUCAGAGGUCCAAAUCCUGGCGCUGCUACAGGUGCUGCAGGAGCUCAAGGCCCACCUCCAUGUCCUCCAGGUGGACCUCCACCUCGUUUCCCUGGUGGCCCACCGCCCGGUCACAUGGCACCAAAUGGGCCUCAUGACCUGCCACCCAUGGGCCCACCAAAUAUGAAUCAAGGGCCUCCAGGAAUGAUGCAGAAUUUUGGCCAAGGAGAAGGACCUCCAAACCAGGGCAUGAUGCCACCCGGAGGUGGUUCUGCUCGCAAUUUUUAUGACAAUUUCUACCAGCAGCAAAGCAUAGGAAAAGAAGGGGAAGUUGAAGAGGAUGAUGACUACAUGACAGGAUCUGGUGGAAACUUUAACGAGCAGUCCUCAGGGAAUCAGAACUCUGGAAAUAUGGAUGGCCCACCCAGUGGAAGCUCAGCUAAUCAGUCUGGAAUAACAGUGCCAGACUUUUUGCCUCCAGCACAGCGUGUGCUGUUUAUGAGGAUCCAACAGAACCAACAGGAAGAAGAGGAGAGGGCCAGGAGGCUAGCCGAAGGAGGACCUGAACGAGACAACGAAGGAGAUUCAGCAAAUUGGUAUUCUAGUGAAGAUGAAGAUGGUGGUGGAAGUGUCACAUCAAUCCUUAAAACCUUACGGCAACAAAGCCAAGCCCAAGGGCCCUCGAAACCUGACAGUGCUCCCAGCGAUCCCAGGCUUCAGAAGGCUCAGACUGCCCCGGUGCCCAGCAGACCGGCUGACCCCAGGCUGGCACGAGACCCUCGCUUAUCACGAAGCACUGAAUCCGCCCAGGUUUCGGAGACUAAUCUCUCCUCUCCUCCGUCCUCUUCAGCUCCCACAGACCCACGACUUGCACGUCAGACUGCUACAUCCAAACCCGAGCCCCCACUCGUGUAUAAACCACCACCCCUUACCCCUGCUGCUACUGAGGAAGAGGAGGGCGAAAGAAUGCUGAGGGACAAACCCGUCCCUAUACCUUUGGAUCCAUUAAUGGGCAUGGCUCUGCGUGAUCCCCGCUCACAGCUCCAGCAGUUCAGCCACAUCAAAAAAGAUCUGGUUCUAACCAAGCCUUCUUUCGCUAAGGCUGUCCUUUGGAGUCCUGAAGACCUUAUUCCCAUUCCUAUCCCCAAGCAGGACUUUCUCCCACUGCCUCCAGGUAUCCCUCCUGUUGCAAGCAUCGAUCCACGGAUCUCUCGUGCCCAGCAGCAGCUCCAUACUGCUAUUUCUACGCCCCUGCCUUCAGCGGCUCCCUCUGCCGAACCGCCCAGCCAGUCCUCUUCUUCUUCCUCCUCCUCCUCCUCCUCCUCCUCCAUACCAGAUUUUGAGCUGCUCUCUCGUAUCCUUAAGACUGUUAAUGCCUCUUCUUCCAGUCCUUCACAAACCACUUCAUCUGCUGUUCCUCCUGCACCCGUCCCAGCCGAAAAGCCAAUGGACCCUCGCAUGGCCCGUAAGAUCACGGAUCCUCGGCUGCAACCGCAGAAAUCCGCUCUUAAGCAGCCAGCAGAACCUACAACUUCACAAACCUCUGUAUCUGCUGGCUCUCCUGCGCCAGGCUCACCUACACACACUAUUGCGCCCUACGACCCACGUAUGUUCUCAUUGGGUGGAGCAGGGAGAGGGGGUACAGGGGGUACUUCAGGGUCUGGCAACAGUGUCCUUAACAGCAUCAGUCUGUAUGACCCACGCACACAGAGUUCAGACAAACCUGAGAAUACAGAGGUCACCACCACCACCACCACCACAACAACAAGUGAGACAAAGGUCAGUGACAGCGUGGUCUCUACAGCAAAGCCAAAGUCCAAAGAGCCGCUGUUUGUCCGAAAAUCAGCGUUGGACCAGCCUGAGCCGGAGAAAAGCAACAGUGAGCAAACCACUGAUCGUUACAAUAGUUAUAACAGACCUCGGCCCAAGCCUUCGCCCUCACCCAACGCAGGAGGUACAGGAGGAGCUCCCACAGCAGGAGGUUCCUCUCAAAAUCCUCAGGGCACAGCCGGGGCUACAGAACCACCAGCAGGAGUCCACAACCUUCCUGUCUCUACGCUCUUCAGUAUGGUGAAGCAAGCUAGCAAGCCGAGUGGCACAGGCAGCCCAUUUGGGGGCAACAGCCCAGCACAGCCAGACACCGCUGAACAGGACAAUGCCUCCUUAAAGGAUGUUUUCAAAGGCUUCGACCCUACUGCCUCACCUUUCUGUCAGUGAUCUUGGACCUGCAGCUCUGAUGCUAAAGCCAGCAUGGGCCACUUUAACACCAUGUCUCAGUAUUCACAGGAAUUUAUAUGGUUCAGAGGGAAUAUAUCAAGGAUAUACAGUGGGGCGGGGGGAGAAAAACAAUCUCUAUAAAUGUGUCUAUUUUAAAAACCAAACCGAAAAGAUAUUUAAAUCAGUCAUUUUUUUAAAAAAAACCUCAGAACGUAAGAAUAACGUGGGGCUUUUGAAGAGACGGUUUCCUUAGCUAGUACGCUGCGUUGCUGUGAUUUAGCUGAAGGUUGACCCAUAUGCCAUUGUGAACUGCCUGUCCUUUCUGUCGGACCCUUCUCAUCAGCAAUGUAGAUUUCUUGUUCUUAUCCUUGAGUACAAGGUGUGAUAACGUCAGUAGAUCAAGCACUAUAAUGAAAAAAAAAUAUCCCUCUAUUGCAAGACCAAUGUGCACGACCACACUCAUGCUUUACCCGGAGUGCUUUCACCUACCUAUCAGUGCUUAAAAUUCUUUUAAAACUCUUUUAGCGCUCUCUUCGUCCUCACUCGUCAGAUUUAGGUUCUUUUUUUGUUUUGUUUUUUGCAUUUUCCCUUCAGUUUUUUAUAUUUGUUUCUGGGCACCUUUGUUCUGCUUCGGACUAUGAACUUCUUUUUGUGAGUAACAGAACUGUAUACUGAAACCGACAUCUGUUAAUAGUCUUUGUGAAAUUGUUUUAAUUUAUUUUUUUAUACUUGAGAAAUCUGUUUGUUUUUCAUGUGGCAGUUUAAAAUAUAAUCAUUAUGUAUACACUGCAUACAGUACAUUUAUAUACAUAAAUAUAUAUAAAUAUAUUUUCCCACCUGUAUUGUAUAUGGACUUGUGAUGUGCAACAGUUAAUGGGCACAAACGUUUAACUAAUGCUUUUUGUCUCUCAAAAAAAAGAACUCUGUUCUUUCCAACCUAUCUUGAAACACGAUUUUUUUUGUCACAAGGACUACUUAACAUAAUCAACCUUUCUGUGUUUUGUUUGGAUUUGCCCUUACAAAGGACUUGUAUAUUGAUAAAUGUCCAUAUUUGACAACAGGUAACAUUUUGUAAUCAUUCAGUGUAGGCAAGGUUGUGAAAUAUUUAAUAAAGGAAAUACAAGGUUAAGUGAUAAA